CCCUGCACGGCACUGUUUUCUCUGCGCUGCUGUCCAUUGCAAGUACUUCGUCUAUGUACUGCGUGCCCCCAUUCCCCUCAUUUAUACGAAGAAACUAUAGCAUGUACCUUUAGGAAGAGUCCCCCAAAUUUGUUAAUUGCUAGGUUCUCAUCAGGGGAGUAGAUAUUGAUCAGACCAUUUGCUUUGCUGACCGGUGCGAACAAAUUGGUGCGAUUCGAGAAGAAUAUCGUAGAUCCAUCCUUCCUAUUUGUCGAAGUGUUUCCCAAAUCACAACUUGCUUUCUCAACGUCUUUCUCGAUUUCGAUUUCGAGCUCGAACUCGAACCCGACUCAAUUCGAUUUCCUGUGGCUUCAUUUCAUUGUCGAUAACUUUCUUUGAAUUCAUAACCCAAGCCUUGCGCUUCAGCAUUGCUUGGUCGACCGAAGGGCUCGAAGCUCAUCUUCUUUUUUUUUUGUUUGGAUACAAUAGGCUGGCGAUAGGAUCUCGAAUCUGAAACGACCAAAGAAUACCUACCUACACCUAAAAGCUUCGAAAGCUUCCUUCCACAUACUGUCAAAUUUCCCUCGUCAAAAUAAAUACUGGCACCCAAUCUUUCAUCCUGUACCUAGAGAGACUGGCUUCUCCCACAAUAAGCAGGUUUGAAGAUCAGAACGUUUGAGGUCGGCGAAGGGAUUUAUACAUUUUCUCUUCGGCUUCAGGAAGCUAUCGGGGAUAUUGGGAGUGAAGAAGGAAUAAUUCAGGGAAGACUUCAUACCAUUUCAAGGAUCCACGCAGGCUUGCGAAACACCAAAUUUUACACUCUUUAAGAUUGCCACAGUGCUCAUUCAACUUCAUAGAUUGCCUUGAUUGGCUUUUUCAUUCACUACAUACGAAUCACCUUCGAGCUUGGAUAUGCGAAAGUAUACAUCGGUCCAAUAGAUAUUCGAUCCUUCUUUAUUCUCAUUAACGGUUCCCAGUGAACCGAAAUUACACUCUUUAGCAAUUUUGUAUUCUUCUAACAUCAAGAUUCGCCCUCAGCAUCUCUCAAAAAGAAAAAAAGAAGAAAAAACAAAACAAAAUCGGUUCGCAAACUCAAUCGCCGGCUGAAAGUUUUAUUGUGGCGCUGCAUAUCCUAGGAAAAGCCAUUGGUCAUUUGCAAGGUGGUGGAAAAAGAAACCUAUUCAAGUGCGAAAAUAACAACCUCAACGGAACGGCUUCAUGCAGAUACGAACGAAAUAAAUACACGGAAGAACCCGAGUGAUUGGAUAUUGGCCCGAAUUUGCGGAUACCCCAAUAUCAUUUCACUGUUGGUGGUACGAACGGUUUAAUAUCUCUAUCAGAUGAGUCAACAACAAUGGGAUGCGCCGACAAGGGGUGGAUCGGUGAAGAGGGCAAGAGAAAGAGCGGCAGCAGGCAGGCCUACCGAAUCGAUACCUGCACCAAGACCCUAUGAUCCUUCAUCACCGAGCAAUAUUCCAAGUCCUCCAAGAGCAAAAUUUCAAAAUCCACCAGGAAUGUCGAAGAACGGUGGUCAAAGUGCAUUUGGUCUGGCGAUUUCUCGACCUACUCAAGUACCACAAUGGCCAUUAAUGGGAACAAAUCCUGGUCCAGAUAUUCAGCAGUAUCAACCUCCUCCUAAUCGCGGCCCACCUCCUCAGAGACCACCAAGACCUAGUCACGUACCUUCGAUCCUUGACUCGUCCAGAAUACAAGAUAUUACCCCAACCUUUCAAUACCAACCACAAAAUUCAUACCCGCCACAGCAAACGCGUGGCCCGCCACGAAAUCGAGACGAUGAAUUUGAUCAAAACUACCAAUUAUUACAAUCGCCUCUGUCAUCGUCACGUCCUUCGACAGUUUCAUCAGUUGGUACAAUACCCGACUUCCCUGUUCCCGUUCCAGCCAUCCCACCAUCAGUAAGGAGAAGUGCUAAUCUAGGACCACCACCAACUUCCCGAAGAGGCGCCUCGUCAUAUUAUUCCCAAGUUUCUUUCGUGUCCCCAAUUCCAGAGGUAUCAGAGGGCAUGGGCCUCAGUCCACGAACACUUCCAGGUUCACAUAGUUCAUAUGCAUCAAGCGCAGCUAUACCCUCGAGUUGGGGACCUGAAUCGCCUGGUUAUUAUCGAUCGGAUGAGGAUGAUGAUGAUGAUUAUGAAGAUGACAGAAGGUUCGAUGCAGUAUCAGAAGGUCGGGAAUCUCGAGGAUCGGAUGACAACGACGAUCGAGGAUUGAUCAGAAGUGCUAGUAUUGGCAAGCGAGCGAGACCGUCCAUGAUCGUGACCCGGUCCUCAGGUCAGAUCGAUCCAGCACGGCUUGCUGCAAUGCCUAUGCCGCCAUCCGAAAACAAGAGACUGGGCCCAACACCAAUACAAAGACCAACGCUCAGUCCCGCAGAAGCUCAAAGAUCAACACAAUGGCCAAUGCCAGGAAAUCCAGAUUCACCUUUAGCUGGUGGCACUGGCCUUAUUGACCCUACCCCAACAAGCUCUGACGAAUCGGUUCCGACCGUCGCUAUGGCCGUAACUACUGAUCUACCUUCACGAGAUGGAACAAAGAGCCCGGGUGCAAGCGCUAUGCUCAGGGCAUAUCAAGCAGCAAGUGCAUUACCUAGCGACACGAUUAGGACUAAGUCGCCCUUUGCAAACGAGGGAGGACCUUUUAGUAGGCUAUCAGCAAUCCGUCGGCCACCACGUCUCAAUGUUGAUGCGGUAAGGGAGGCAGAGGCAAGAGGUAGUUUGACAAGUUUACCGGAUCUAAUUAGGAGAGCAACAAGAUUAGCGUCGAUGAUGGAUCGCGGUAAAAGACCAGGAAGCCGAAUGGGUCUUGAUGAUUAUCCAAGUGACAGAGACUUUCCCAGCGAGAAAGAAAUUGAACUUUCUCCAAACUAUGACAGACGAGGUUCUACCCUCUCCGGAAUGUUAUCAGCUUUUCCACCUCCCGGUCGUGAAACGCCUGCCCGCGAUGCUCCACGACCUUUAUCGAUGUGGCCAGAAUACGAUCCAAAUGAUCCAAAAUCUGACGCACCUGGAAAGAAACAAAGAAAGUGUUGUGGUCUACCUUGCUGGGGGUUCAUUGUCGUUGUAAUAAUUCUACUCAUAAUAAUUGCGGCCGCCGUCGUCGUACCUCUUAAAUUUCUCGUAAUUGACAAACCCUCCACAAGUACCACCGCAACCGCAACUACUGUACAAAGCUGCACUGCAAACACUUCGACUGCCUGUAAGAACGGUGGAACCUCUUUCGUCGACAAUGGUAUCUGUACUUGUUUAUGCAUAAACGGAUUUACAGGUAGUACUUGCGCAGUCUCGGGAUCUUCGGGCUGCACAACAACGUCAUCAAGCACUACUGCAAACACUACCAUUGGCGACUCGAUACCCCGACUCAUUUCGGCUGCUCAAACCAACUUUUCGAUCCCCUUAUUUGAAAACACAAUUCUAGCAAGAUUCAAUAAAGCAAAUUUGAGCUGUGCGUCGGAAAAUUCCCUAGUCACUUUUGACGGAAGUGAUGAAAGAAUGGGAGAUGCUAGUGCUAAAGCGACGUCUACCACGGAUAAAAAGGUGAAGAAGGACGUGCAGUCGGACCCCACAGAUGUUGAGAUGCGAGCAAUUGCAAGCCCAGACUCAACUUUCAUAUCAACAAAUAUCAUCUCAGUAGACUCUUCCACUACUCAGGCAACACCUACUUCCUCUCAGUCUCAGGCCACUCAAACUGUCUCAGCAGCAUCGACCUCUGCUGAUUCACCUUCUACAACUUCCUCUCCAACCACAACAGGAACUGCAUCUGCAACUUUGACGACCUCCACUAUUGACCCUACAGCCGCCUUUACUAUCACAGAGGAGGUGUUAGAUUUUGCAAGAGUCACAGUCCUUUUUGUUUUGCAGCAAGAAAACUUGGACAAUGCAGUAUCCGCGCAAGGAGAAUUGCAAAAGUUUUUUAAUCAACAAAGCUCCGAGAACUUAUCUGCAAUGAAUGUCUCGAUGGGGGGCGGUAAUACUGUUAAUUUGGUGGAAUUCAAAGUAGAUCUGGGUAAUGGAACAGUGGGCCAAAAGAACACGGUCACAAAAUGACUGUGCUUAGCUGGUUGAACGAUCAGAUUCAAAGUACGAAGGUAGUGACUCUGGGAGUGACAGGGUAGGGGAUUAGCAGGAAAGCAACGAAGUUUUGUAUAUCAAUUGUAGCGAUUAGUAACUGCUCUGCUUUUAUGGAUACCCAAAAUGCGGAGAUAGUGUGAGUGGAUAACGAGAAAUUUGUACAUAAAAUCGAAUAUUUUUCUUCGAGAAC